GAGUAAAAAGAUUGCAACCCCAAACCUCAAAUCCCAACUCCUCCACUAUUUCUCACCAACCACACUAUAUAUUUCUUUACUCAAGUAUGAAACUGAAUUCCCAAAAGUACCCCUGAACAACCGGAAAUUACAAUUAAGUCCCUCACCAACCUCACCAAAAAAAUGCCCAUAUUUAUACUCCAAAAGUUUCAACUUUCAUUUUCAGGUUCAACUCUCCAACCCAAAGAAGUUGAUACCAAUUUUCACCUCUCUUUUUUUAAUAUUUUAUUUAUUUAAAAAAAAAAAAUGGUGACAGAUCAGAAAAAGCAAGAUGAUGACGUCAUCAUAUUCCGGUCGAAACUUCCCGACAUAUACAUUCCGAAGCACCUCCCUCUGCAUUCUUACUGCUUCGAGAACAUCUCUCAGUUCAGCGAGCGGCCGUGUUUGAUCAACGGCGCAACCGGCGAGGUGUACACGUACGCGGAGGUGGAGCUGACGUCACGCAAAGUUGCCGCCGGCCUGAGCAACCUCGGCCUCCGUCACGGCGACACCGUCAUGCUCCUCCUGCCCAACUCGCCGGAGUUCGUCUUCGCCUUCCUGGGCGCGUCCCGCAUCGGCGCCGUCUCCACAAUGGCCAACCCGUUCUUCACCGCCGCCGAGGUCGUCAAGCAGGCGAAAGCCUCCGCCGUCAAGGCAAUCAUAACUCAGGCGUGCCACGUGGAGAAGGUAGCCGCCUACGCGGCGGAGCACGGCGGCGUGAAGGUGGUCUGCGUCGACGCGCCGCCGCCGGCGGCGGCGGACUGCGUCGCCUUCUCGGAGCUGACCUCCGCCGACGAGGCGGACCUCCCGGCGGUGAAGAUCAGCCCGGAAGACGUGGUGGCGCUGCCGUACUCCUCCGGCACGACGGGGCUGCCGAAGGGGGUGAUGCUGACGCACAAGGGCCUUGUCACCGACGUGGCGCAGCAAGUUGACGGCGAGAACCCGAAUCUGUACAUCCACUGCAACGACGUCGUACUGUGCGUUUUGCCGUUUUUCCAUAUCUACUCACUAUCCAUUUUGCUGCUGGGUUUGCGGGUCGGGUCGGCGAUCCUUAUCAUGCAGAAAUUCGAUGUGGUUCCGUUUAUGGAAUUAAUACAGAAGUAUAAAGUUACGAUUGGGCCCUUCGUCCCGCCGAUUGUUUUGGCUAUUGCCAAGUCUCCGGUGGUGGAUAAAUACGACCUUUCAUCUGUUCGCACGGUGAUGUCUGGGGCGGCGCCGCUAGGUAAAGAGCUGGAGGAUGCCGUCAGGAAAAAGUUCCCUAAUGCCAAACUUGGACAGGGUUAUGGAAUGACAGAAGCAGGUCCAGUACUAGCAAUGUGUUUGGCAUUUGCAAAAGAGCCACUGGAGAUAAAAUCAGGUGCAUGCGGGACCGUGGUAAGAAAUGCUGAGAUGAAAAUUAUUGACACUGAUAAUGGUGCUUCGUUAGGGCGUAAUCAGCCUGGAGAAAUUUGUAUUAGAGGUGAUCAGAUUAUGAAAGGUUAUUUGAACGAUCCAGAGGCGACGAAGAGGACAAUCGACAAACAAGGAUGGCUACACACGGGCGAUAUCGGCCUCAUUGAUGAUGACGACGAGCUCUUCAUCGUUGAUCGUAUUAAAGAAAUAAUAAAGUACAAAGGAUUUCAAGUUGCGCCCGCUGAACUCGAAGCCCUCCUCAUUAACCAUCCGUACAUCUCCGAUGCUGCAGUUGUCUCCAUGAAAGAUGAGCAAGCGGGAGAAUUACCCGUCGCCUUCGUGGUGAAAACAAAGGGAUCGACCAUCACUGAAGAUGAAAUCAAGCAAUUUGUCUCCAAACAGGUUAUUUUCUACAAGAGAAUAAACCGUGUGUUCUUCAUUGAUGCCAUUCCCAAAUCUCCAUCAGGCAAAAUAUUGAGGAAGGAUCUGAGGGCAAAAUUGGCAGAUGAACAUCUUUAAUAUUUAAUUUAAUUUAAUACUGAUGAAGAGAGCAAGCUGAAAAAUUAAUCGAGGCUUGAAUAUUACUCUUUCAACUAUGGCAUAAUUUUUAUUUAUUUUUAAUUGCUUUUAUCUUGAAAAUCAUGGAUAAUUGGUGUUUGUAAAUUUAUAUAUUUAUAUAUAUUGUGCUUGAAAUUUCUGGAGAUAGUGUAUUUUCCAAGGAAAAUUACCCAAUUUUAUAAUUGAAGUCA